AUGCGGAAGGUGGUAUUGGUCACUGGCGCGAGCAGUGGUGUUGGCCUAGCUCUCUGCAAACGCCUACUCACAGAAGAUGACGAGCUUCACCUAUGCUUGGCGUGCAGGAAUGUGGGGAAAGCGGAGGCUGUCCGAUCCGAUCUGCUGGCCUCUCACCCCACAGCCGAGGUCACCAUUGUGCAGGUAGAUGUUAGCAACGUGCAGUCUGUGUUCCGGGCCUCCAGGGAGCUCAAACAAAGGUUUCAGAGGUUAGACUGUGUGUAUCUAAAUGCUGGAAUCAUGCCUAAUCCACAGCUGAAUAUCAGAGCAUUUUUUUCUGGCCUCUUUUCAAGAAAAGUGAUUCAUAUGUUCUCCACAGCUGAAGGACUGCUGACCCAGAAAGAUACCGUCACAGCUGAUGGACUCCAGGAGGUGUUUGAAACCAAUGUCUUUGGCCACUUUAUUCUGUUUCGGGAACUGGAACCACUCCUCUGUCAUAGUGAACAUUCCUCUCAGCUCAUCUGGACGUCUUCUCGCAGUGCAAACAAAUCUAAUUUCAGCCUUGAGGACUUUCAGCACAGAAAAGGCCAGGAACCGUACAGCUCUUCCAAAUAUGCCACUGACCUGUUGAGUGUGGCUUUGAAUAGGAACUUCAACCAACGGGGUCUGUAUUCCAGUGUGGUGUGUCCAGGUACAAUGUUGACCAAUUUAACAUAUGGAAUUCUACCUCCCUUUGUAUGGACACUGCUGAUACCAAUCAUAUGGCUGCUUCGCUUUUUCACACAUGCUUUCACUUUGACGCCAUACAAUGGAACAGAAGCACUGGUAUGGCUUCUCCAUCAAAAGCCUGAGUCUCUCAAUCCUCUGACUAAAUACAUGAGUGCCACUACUGGCUUUGGGAAAAACUAUGUAAUGACCCAAAAGAUGGACUUAGAUGUUGACACUGCUGAAAAAUUUUACCAAAGCUUGUUGGAACUGGAAAAACAGAUUCGAACUACGGUUCAAAAAUCAGAUAACUGGGGCUGA